CAGUUGUGUUUUGAAAUAAAAGAAUAAUGUCGUUUGGUAGCUUGUAUUACCCAGCUUAUACUACAGGUCUUGGUUCGAAGCCUAGAUUUCAAAAUACUCACCCCUUUCGUAAUCUAGUUGCUGCUGGCUCAAAUAUGAAUAAUCAAUGGUCUGGGGCAAGUGGUCAAUCGGGUUAUGGCUUGGAUCCACCCGACUAUGAUUAUCAUUCGGGUCCUCCCGCACAUGUGCCCAGUGGUGGUAGUUAUUCUUAUCAAGCUGCCUCCGGUACAGGUUAUGGGCCCCCAGCAGCACCUGCUGGUCAUCCACCGGCAAAACCUUCACUAGGUGUUAGUGGUGUUGCUGGCAAAAAGGGCGGCGGUGGUAAAAAGGGUUCUUCGGCUAUGUCGGCGUUGACUUUGUUGUCUUUUUUAUUUUUCAUUAAUGUUUUACAAGGUUGCAUUAAAGAUCAUAUGGAUGCUAUGAAUCCCACCGUUAUGGUUAUGACUACUAAUGUUAUACGUAAAAGUUUUAAUAAAAUGGGUGACAUGAAUUCCAGAGAACAAAGUUCUGGUUAUAACCCCAAUUCAGCCAAUAUCGUAAUGCAACCGGCAGAUCUAGUAGCAGCAGCUGCUGCGCAAGCUCCUUCAAAGGUGCAAUCUACAGGACCAUCAGUAAAUUUGCAAUCUCCUUAUAGUAAUAAUCCAGGAUCAAAUAACAAACCUGUAGAGCAGGCUUUACCUGCUGUAUCAUAUCCAACACAACAACAGCCGUCUCCACAAUACAACUACAAUACCCCAGAACCUGAGGUACCCAUCAGUUAUUCUAAACCACAUAACCAUGAUACUCAUAAACCGGAUCAUUUUGAGCAUAUGCCCUAUUAUCCACCACAGCAACAAACUCACUCUUAUAACAAUCAGACUUUAGUAGCACAACACAAUCCUCCUUACAAACAACCAGCACUCGAGCAACAAUACAAUUAUCAUCAUACCGAAUAUAAUGCCCAACCAGCACCCCAACCAUCCAUAAUUAUACCACAAUAUAGUAAUUCUCAAAAUCCCUUCUAUGAACAUCAAAAUCCGGACUUUUCUACACCUUAUAAGGGAGAUUUAAAGCCUCAGUAUGGCAACAUGCAAAAUGACUACAAUUAUCGUAAAAAAUAUGAGGUGUCUCCACAAUCGAAUACACAAACCUCUCCACCUUGGUCAUCAAAUAUACAUUCGUCGUCAUCAUCAUCAUCGGUACUAUCCGGACCUUUUCGCCGAGCUUCAGUUAUUGCUGUAUCGCCUAAAACAAAAUGGAUUACGGUACCAGCUAAAAUAACAGAUCGUACAAACUUCGAUACAAUUGGGGAGGAUUUGGAAGAGGUACUUGAACAUCAUGAUGAUCGAAAUGCAUUUCGCAGGCGAUAUAAUUAAGACUAUAAACAAAAAAUAGAGUAAAACUGUUACCUGAACUAUAUUCAGUAUAUAAACUGUAAUACAGGCCGUCUAUAGUCUGGACUAUAAUCAGACCAUAGUCUGAAUUAUAGUCAAUCUAUAGUCAGUCUAUAGUCUGGACUAUAGUCAGCCU